GACCAGAUUCACGUGCUGGUGGUGGUUCCGGAGCAAGAACACGCACAAACUGGAUUGUGGCUUGUCACUGGAUCCGUUGGCAACGCGCUGAACACGAAAGGGAUUCGCUGCAAACUGUACUGGAUGGCGACGUUACGCAUUGGAUACUACGAUCCUACGCGCUGCAUCGGCAACAAGAAUGUCGCGUUUUGGUAUGAAGACAAGAAAUUGUGUUUUCAUGUUUUAUUCGAGACAAGUACGUGCUUCUAUAUGCUGUCGCUGCAUCGUAAUACUGCUUCAUUGAGGGCUAACUCUGUUUCUUUUAUAGAAAAUGCUGCUUUGCUGUUCGAAACUGACUUAAGGACUGGGCCACAAACGCUGGGCUCUCCGUUAACUAACCAGGUUGUUGAGACGCGUGUUGCACCAGCUAACGCUGUGUCUACUGAUCUCCAGCGCGUCUUCUACUGCGACUACGUUCCAGACGAUUCGGAAUCUCCUCAAAACACAGAUUCAUCGAUAUCGUUGACUACAAGCGUUUCGAAUCUGGACUCAUCGACUGACGAGUUUCGUUUUCAGCGGAUUGAGGACGAGAAGUUCUUCCUACCGUACGGCAAGGCAGAAAGCUGCCAUUUGGUGUCGAGAAAGCAAAGCAGAGACCACAAACGGGAAUUCGCCAAGUACGAUCGCGACUCAAACAACAGGCUUGCGCUUUCUCGCGAAAUGCAUGGUUGGUUCGACGGUAUGAGCAUUGAGGUUCCCAUCGUCAACAUGCUACCCGGAUCUGUUGAAGAGAAUCAAUCCAUUGGCAACAGACGCAAGGUACUGUGUGAGCGCGUAGUUCUGGUGUGUGUAAGUUUACUGACAUUUGCGUGUAGGUCGAGGUCUUCGUGAAGGUUCUGGAUGCUCAGUGUACAGAUCGCGUUUUCAGUCGUUUGAAAGGAGGAUCAACCACGACGGACGAUCCGCUCAUGAUGAAGACGUUUGUUCACGUGGAGGAUCCAGAAACAUUUUGUUUGUGCAUGAGGUGGAAGCACGACGAUAAUGCGGAGCGUUGGAGAAGCUUUUGGGAUAUGACUCCUGCGGUCGAUUGAAUGGAAUAAUGUGGCUCCCGAGUUAAAUACUUCGAAGUAGUAUUUGAUUUCUUGACAUACUUUGAUCCUGAUAAAUAUAAAGUUAGUAAUAUACAAAGAUGGCGUACUCUCCUGAGCAAUACCAAGCUAGCAAGGAACGAAUCAAAGCAGCGCAGAAGCGCUACUACCAGCGCACACGCGAAGCCCGUUUAUCUUAUCAAAAAGACAACGAUGACAAGAAUAGAGACCAGAUUCGAGCUCGCACGUCUUUUCGAUAUGAGGGUAGUUUUAGAACCUCUAAACCGGUCAGAUCUAAUAGACGUUGAUUUGACGACGCCCACUUUAUAGCGAGAGCCACGUCUUUUGGACCUUAGGGCGUUUCGGGACCGCUCGUUCAAACCACAUUGAUAAACCAAUAGAACAUUACGCCGGCAGAUUUUACUAGUAGUUCGGACCAGCGCGACGUGGCGUCUCAUCAUUGGUUGAAAAUCUAUGUCACACACCUUCAUGUUCGCUUAAGUACGCCAGAAAUUCUACAUCCUUCUUCCUCAUUCCAGAAUCUGCCGGCUCGAGGAAAGAUGGUGAAGCUCUUCUGUGCGAUCGUUGGUGCGGCGGGCAGUGCGUUCGAGGUGGAUAUCGACGCGGGUGCAUCGGUUUCCGCGUUGAAGAAGGCGAUCAAGGCGGAGAAGAUGUACCAGUUCCCUGCUGACGAGCUGCAGCUCUUCCUGGCGAAGACGGAGGGCGGCGCGUGGCUGCCAGACGACGACCAAGCUGCGCUGGAUCUGGAGGACGGAAAGGUUCAUGAGGACAUUCAAGCGUUGAUCGAUGGCGAGAAGAUGAAGGCUACGUGGACAAUUGAGGACGUGUUGACAGCUAACAAUAUGACCAAACGGAAAGGGCGCGCUCCAAAGUCGAGACAAAUCCACGUGCUGGUGGUGGUUCCGGAGCAAGAACACGCACAAACUGGAUUGUGGCUUGUCACUGGAUCCGUUGAAAACGCGUUGAUCACGAAAGGAAUUCGCUGCAAACUGUACUGGAUGGCGACGUUACGCAUUGGAUACUACGAUCCUACGCGCUGCAUCGGCAACAAGAAUGUCGCGUUUUGGUAUGAAGACAAGAAAUUGUGUUUUCAUGUUUUAUUCGAGACAAGUACGUGCUUCUAUAUGCUGUCGCUGCAUCGUAAUACUGCUUCAUUGAGGGCUAACUCUGUUUCUUUUAUAGAAAAUGCUGCUUUGCUGUUCGAAACUGACUUAAGGACUGGGCCACAAACGCUGGGCUCUCCGUUAACUAACCAGGUUGUUGAGACGCGUGUUGCACCAGCUAACGCUGUGUCUACUGAUCUCCAGCGCGUCUUCUACUGCGACUACGUUCCAGACGAUUCGGAAUCUCCUCAAAACACAGAUUCAUCGAUAUCGUUGACUACAAGCGUUUCGAAUCUGGACUCAUCGACUGACGAGUUUCGUUUUCAGCGGAUUGAGGACGAGAAGUUCUUCCUACCGUACGGCAAGGCAGAAAGCUGCCAUUUGGUGUCGAGAAAGCAAAGCAGAGACCACAAACGGGAAUUCGCCAAGUACGAUCGCGACUCAAACAACAGGCUUGCGCUUUCUCGCGAAAUGCAUGGUUGGUUCGACGGUAUGAGCAUUGAGGUUCCCAUCGUCAACAUGCUACCCGGAUCUGUUGAAGAGAAUCAAUCCAUUGGCAACAGACGCAAGGUACUGUGUGAGCGCGUAGUUCUGGUGUGUGUAAGUUUACUGACAUUUGCGUGUAGGUCGAGGUCUUCGUGAAGGUUCUGGAUGCUCAGUGUACAGAUCGCGUUUUCAGUCGUUUGAAAGGAGGAUCAACCACGACGGACGAUCCGCUCAUGAUGAAGACGUUUGUUCACGUGGAGGAUCCAGAAACAUUUUGUUUGUGCAUGAGGUGGAAGCACGACGAUAAUGCGGAGCGUUGGAGAAGCUUUUGGGAUAUGACUCCUGCGGUCGAUUGAAUGGAAUAAUGUGGCUCCCGAGUUAAAUACUUCGAAGUAGUAUUUGAUUUCUUGACAUACUUUGAUCCUGAUAAAUAUAAAGUUAGUAAUAUACAAAGAUGGCGUACUCUCCUGAGCAAUACCAAGCUAGCAAGGAACGAAUCAAAGCAGCGCAGAAGCGCUACUACCAGCGCACACGCGAAGCCCGUUUAUCUUAUCAAAAAGACAACGAUGACAAGAAUAGAGACCAGAUUCGAGCUCGCACGUCUUUUCGAUAUGAGGGUAGUUUUAGAACCUCUAAACCGGUCAGAUCUAAUAGACGUUGAUUUGACGACGCCCACUUUAUAGCGAGAGCCACGUCUUUUGGACCUUAGGGCGUUUCGGGACCGCUCGUUCAAACCACAUUGAUAAACCAAUAGAACAUUACGCCGGCAGAUUUUACUAGUAGUUCGGACCAGCGCGACGUGGCGUCUCAUCAUUGGUUGAAAAUCUAUGUCACACACCUUCAUGUUCGCUUAAGUACGCCAGAAAUUCUACAUCCUUCUUCCUCAUUCCAGAAUCUGCCGGCUCGAGGAAAGAUGGUGAAGCUCUUCUGUGCGAUCGUUGGUGCGGCGGGCAGUGCGUUCGAGGUGGAUAUCGACGCGGGUGCAUCGGUUUCCGCGUUGAAGAAGGCGAUCAAGGCGGAGAAGAUGUACCAGUUCCCUGCUGACGAGCUGCAGCUCUUCCUGGCGAAGACGGAGGGCGGCGCGUGGCUGCCAGACGACGACCAAGCUGCGCUGGAUCUGGAGGACGGAAAGGUUCAUGAGGACAUUCAAGCGUUGAUCGAUGGCGAGAAGAUGAAGGCUACGUGGACAAUUGAGGACGUGUUGACAGCUAACAAUAUGACCAAACGGAAAGGGCGCGCUCCAAAGUCGAGACAAAUCCACGUGCUGGUGGUGGUUCCGGAGCAAGAACACGCA